AUGGUUGUUUUAGUACAUUUGUGUGUCAGCCCUGAAGGUACAUCUUGGUUAACACAUGUCGAACCAACACCAGAACCUGCUGAAUUCAGUGUCAUUGAUGCAGUUACAGCAUCUGUGGUAAAGAAACCUGAAGUUACAGCACCUGAAGUUGCAGCACCUGUGGCAAAGACACCUGAAGUUACAGCACCUGUGGCAAAGACACCUGAGGUUACAGCACCUGUGUUAGAAACACUUGAAGUUACAGCAUCUAAAGUUACAGCACCUGUGGCAAAGACACCUGAGGUUACAGCUCCUGUGUUAGAAACACCUGAAGUUACAGCAUCUGAAGUUACAGCACCUGAAGUGGCAGCAUCUGUGGUAAAGACACCUGAAAUUACAGCUCCUGUGGCAAAGACACCUGAAAUUACAGCUCCUGUGGCAAAGACAGCUGAAGUUACAGCACCUGUGGAAAAGACACCUGAAGUUACAGCUCCUGUGGUAAAGACACCUGAAGUUACAGCACCUGUGGUAAAGACACCUGAAGUUACAGCUCCUGUGGUAAAGACACCUGAAGUAACAGGACCUGUGGUGAAGACACCUGAAGUUACAGCACAUGUGGCAAAGGCACCUGAAGUUACAAUACCUGAGACACCUGAAGUUACAGCACCUGUGGCAAAGACACCUGAAGUUACAGUACCUCUGGUAAAGACACCUGAAGUUACAGCACCUGUGCCAAAGACACCUGAAGAUACAGUACCUCUUGUAAAGACACCUGAAGUUACAGCACCUGUGGCAAAGACACCUGAAGAUACAGUACCUCUGGUAAAGACACCUGAAGUUACAGCACCUGUGGCAAAGACACCUGAAGAUACAGUACCUCUGGUAAAGACACCUGAAGUUACAGCGCCUGUGGCAAAGACACCUGAAGAUAGAGUUCCUCUGGUAAAGACACCUGAAGUUACAGCACAUUUUUCAAAGGCACCUGAAGUUACAGCACCUGUGCCAAAGACACCUGAAGAUACAGUACCUCUGGUAAAGACACCUGAAGUUACAGCACCUGUGGCAAAGACACCUGAAGUUACAGUACCUCUGGUAAAGACACUUGAAGUUACAGCACUUGUGGAAAAGGCACCUGAAAUCACAGUACCUCUGGCAAAGACACCUGAAGUUACAGCACAUGUGGCAAAGACCCCUGAAGAUACAGUACCUCUGGUAAAGACACCUAAAGUUACAGCACUUGUGGCAAAGGCACCUGAAAUUACAGCACUUGUGGCAAAGACACUUGAAAUUACAGUACCUCUGUUAAAGACAGCUGAAGUUACAGCACCUGUGGUAAGGACACCUGAUGUUACAGCACAUGUGGCAAAGACACCUGAAUUUACAGCACUUAUAUAUUGA